CCGAGAAGUCACCCUCUAAAAAUAGAAGAGAAUCUAGUAGAAGUUACCUCUGAAGGACAUUACAAAGGGUUAAAACAGUAACUUCCCACGGUAAAACUGCCAUCGAAACAAUCCAACGGCUGAAAGCAUUUUACUUGGAGAAGAGCCCAAAAAAUCUUCACCUCCUCAAGUAAAAAUCAUUCUCGAACCUUCCCAUCACUCCCCACACUAUAAAAACAAAAACCCACUUUCCUCUUCACCCAUCUCUUUCUCUUUAUCCAAUUUUCUCCAUCGAAUUCUGCAAAUCAUGUCUUCCUUCACCAGCAAAUUCGCCGAUGAGCUGAUCGCAAACGCUGCCUACAUCGGCACACCUGGAAAAGGUAUCCUCGCGGCAGAUGAAUCAACGGGUACCAUUGGGAAGCGUCUCUCGAGCAUCAACGUCGAGAACGUUGAGUCGAACAGGAGAGCUCUCCGGACACCUUUUGUGGAUAUACUGAAGGAAGGAGGAGUUUUGCCCGGUAUUAAGGUUGACAAGGGUACCGUUGAGCUCGCCGGAACCAACGGUGAGACGACCACGCAGGGUCUUGAUGGUCUUGGUGAGCGUUGCAAGAAGUACUACGAGGCCGGUGCUCGUUUCGCCAAGUGGCGUGCGGUGCUUAAGAUUGGUCAGAACGAGCCAUCGGAGCUAGCUAUCCACGAGAACGCUUAUGGAUUGGCUAGGUACGCCGUCAUUUGCCAAGAGAACGGUCUUGUGCCGAUCGUGGAGCCUGAGAUCCUCGUCGACGGGUCUCACGACAUCCACAAGUGUGCGGCGGUGACAGAGCGUGUCCUCGCGGCUUGCUACAAGGCCCUGAGCGACCACCAUGUCCUCCUCGAAGGAACGCUCUUGAAACCAAACAUGGUGACUCCGGGAUCAGAGAGCGCCAAGGUUGCACCAGAGGUGAUCGCAGAGCACACCGUCCGUGCCCUUCAGAGAACCGUGCCAGCGGCUGUUCCGGCCAUAGUGUUCUUGUCGGGAGGACAGAGCGAGGAAGAGGCGACGAGAAACCUGAACGCGAUGAACCAGCUGAAGACGAAGAAGCCUUGGUCGCUGUCGUUUUCGUUCGGAAGGGCGUUGCAGCAGAGCACGCUCAAGACGUGGGGAGGGAAAGAGGAGAAUGUGAAGAAGGCGCAAGAUGCGUUCUUGGUUAGGUGCAAGGCUAACUCUGAGGCUACACUUGGUGCCUACAAAGGUGAUGCUCAGCUCGGUGAAGGUGCAGCAGAGAGCCUUCAUGUUAAGGAUUACAAGUACUGAGGAAUGUGGCUAAAAGGAUUCGUAGUUUUCAUAAAUUAAUCGUUUGUGUUUGUGUUCUAUAUCUUAAUAAUAAUCGGGAAUUAUCUUAUUGGUUCUUGUUUUCUGAGGUGUCUGUUCUUGUGAAACCUUUUUUUGUAUAAUGAAAUAUUAUGUUGGGAUUUUGAAAGCAGUUCUACAGUUUAUUACUCUCUCUGUUUUAUAAAAAAUAUCAUUUUAUCAUUCUUUUUUUGUUACAUAAUAAGUGUAAUUUUAAGUUUUCAAUGCAAAAUUUUAAAUUAAUUGUCAGUUUUAUUUUUAUUAUUUUAGUUUACUAAUUA